AUGUCUCGAGAAGCAUUUGUUCUGCUGCACGAGGUGGGGGACCUGGGCAGCUACUAUGUGUCUGAAAAUGCCAUGUCCCAUUUCUCCGGGAGCUGGAGUCCUGGGUCAGAAGGAAGAGACCCAAGUCAGCCUUCUGCCUUCUACCUCUGCCCCGGCCAGGAGUACGUGCCCCACGCCGCCUCCGCCCGGCCCCUGCGUGCGCGCCGCGGCCCCGCCCAGACGGGCGCGGGCACCCCUGACCCUGACCCCUCUUCCUCCUGUCCCUGCCGCAGCCACGACAAGGGACCCGAGGCCGAGGAGGGCGUCGAGCUGCAAGAAGGCGGGGACGGUCCUGGGGCGGAGGAGCAAACGGCGGUGGCCAUCGCCAGCGUCCAGCAGGCGGCGUUCGGUGACCACAACAUCCAGUACCAGUUCCGCACAGAGAAUAAUGGAGGACAGGUGACAUACCGCGUAGUCCAGGUGACUGAUGGUCAGCUGGAUGGCCAGGGAGACACAGCUGGCGCCGUCAGCGUCGUGUCCACGGCUGCCUUUGCGGGGGGGCAGCAGGCUGUGACCCAGGUGGGCGUGGACGGGGCAGCCCAGCGCCCUGGCCCCGCCGCUGCCUCUGUGCCCCCAGGUCCCGCAGCACCCUUCCCACUGGCUGUAAUCCAGAAUCCCUUCAGCAAUGGUGGCAGCCCAGCAGCGGAGGCUGUCAGUGGAGAGGCGCGGUUUGCCUAUUUCCCCGCAUCCAGUGUGGGAGAUACCACUGCUGUGUCCGUGCAAACCACCGACCAGAGCUUGCAGGCCGGAGGCCAGUUCUAUGUCAUGAUGACACCCCAGGAUGUGCUGCAGACAGGAACACAGAGGACGAUCGCACCCCGGACACACCCCUAUUCCCCAAAAAUUGACGGAACCAGAACACCACGGGAUGAGAGAAGAAGAGCUCAGCACAAUGAAGUGGAGCGGAGGCGGAGGGACAAGAUCAACAACUGGAUCGUCCAACUUUCAAAAAUCAUUCCAGACUGUAAUGCAGACAACAGCAAGACAGGAGCGAGUAAAGGGGGGAUCCUGUCGAAGGCCUGCGAUUACAUCCGGGAGCUACGCCAGACCAACCAGCGCAUGCAGGAGACCUUCAAGGAGGCCGAGCGGCUGCAGAUGGACAAUGAGCUCCUGCGGCAACAGAUCGAGGAGUUGAAGAAUGAGAACGCCCUGCUUCGAGCCCAGCUGCAGCAGCACAACCUGGAGAUGGUGGGCGAGAGCACCCGGCAGUGACGUGACGCCCGCCCCCAGUGUGCAGCCGCUGGCCUCUGCUGCCCCCUCCCCCAGCCCUUAGCACAGAGAGGGACAGACGCCCCUCCCCCAGCUGCGUUUUUUAUAGUAGAUUUUUAACAAAAACGGGGAGAAAUAAUGCAUUUCUGUGGAUACAUUGCCCACCGCCCUCCUCAACUUGGAACGAUACCCCUCCCCGUCUGUCUGUCGAUCGGUCUCCCUUCCCCUGGCCCUCACCAUGCCUGGCACUUCUAGUGGUCUCACCUGGAGGCUAAAGGGAGGACAGAGGCCCUGCCGCUUCCCGCUGCUUCCUUGGUUUCUAGAGGUGCUGAGACAGGGUGCUUAUGGGAAGGAGGGAGCUUUGGGGGGGCCAUCCCUGGGACCUGGACCUAAGCAGGGAGGCCAUGUCCCACCCCACCUCUUGUUUCUGGAUCCCUGCUCCCUCUGGGUGUGUGUAUGUGUGUGUGAGCGCGUGUGUGUGCGUGUGUGUGUGUUUGUGUGUGUGUGUGUGUGUAAUUUUCUUUAUGGAAAAAUGGACAAAAAAAAAAAUAGAGAGAGAGAGGUAUUUAACUGCAAUAAACUGGCCCACGUGGCCCCCGCCUUGUC